AUGCCUUCCGUCCGUUUUUCCUUGACCCCUUUUCUUAGGGGGGGCUUGCCCUUCGCGCUUGCCUGCCUGCUUGCCUGCCUGCCUGCCUUCCUACCUGCCUGCUUGCCUGCCUUCCUACCUGCCUGCCUGCCUGCCUUCCUACCUGCCUGCCUGCCUGCCUUCCUACCUGCCUGCCUGCCUGCCUUCCUACCUGCCUGCCUGCCUGCCUUCCUACCUGCCUGCCUGCCUGCCUUCCUACCUGCCUGCCUGCCUGCCUUCCUACCUGCCUGCCUGCCUGCUUUCCUACCUGCCUGCCUGCCUGCCUUCCUACCUGCCUGCCUGCCUGCCUUCCUACCUGCCUGCCUGCCUGCCUGCCUUCCUACCUGCCUGCCUGCCUGCUUUCCUACCUGCCUGCCUGCCUGCCUUCCUACCUGCCUGCCUGCCUGCCUUCCUACCUGCCUGCCUGCCUGCCUUCCUACCUGCCAUGCCUGUCUGUCUGCCGUGCGUUGUGCCCUUCAGGCUGGUGGCGAUGCUAGAGGGAAUGGGGGGGGCGGAGGGGGAAGAGGGGGCGUGGGGCGCGGAGGAGGUGCAGCAGAUGGCGGCGGCGGUGGUGGAGGCAGCUGCAAGGUCACUGCGUUUGAUCUUCCAGUCCACUCAUGUGCUGCCACGUGGCAGCACUGCUGCAGGCGAUUGGCUUUCCCCUGCCCUCAACCUGCUGCCGCCCCUACUCGCCUCCCCCAACGAGACAGUCGCAGAGGUGGCAGCGUGUGGGGCAGCGAGUGUGGCAGCGAGUGGGGCAGCGAGUUUGGCAGCGAGUGUGGCAGCGAGUUUGGCAGCACACUGUGGCAGCCAGUGUGCCAGCACACUGUGUGCACUCGCCACAGCAGCAGGCAGCUAGCAGCGGCAGGUGGGCUGCUGUCGCUCACACGCCUGCUCUCCUCGUCGCCCCGCUGCACCGAUGCUGCUCUGCUCGCCCUCGCAGCAGUUGUCAGGGGCAACCGGCAGCAGGCCGCUGCUCUUGUAGACAUGGGCGGGGGAGCAGCACUGGCGGCGGUGGUGAGUCUGACGCGCCAUCCAUCGCCCGCCACACGGCUCAACGCGUGCCGCUGCCUGCUGCACGUCGAGGCAGCCCUCUGGCCGCACGGCGGUGCCAUCACUGCCGUGCCGCGCUCCUUCCUCCAGCACCCCGCUCCCGCCCUCGCUGCCCUGCCUGCUCCUGCAACCACCGCUGUUCCACCUGCCACCACCGCUACUGCCCCUGUCUGUGCUGCUGGCGCCCCAUCCCCUGCCACAACAGCUGCAGCAGCGGCUGCGAGGGGGAGGGUUGAGCGGGUUGCACGCAGCAGCGGCAGCGGCAGCGCAAGCAUUGCCAGUGAUGGGAAUGGGAGGGCGGGUGGGCGUGGGGGUGGAGUGAAACGGGAUGCAUGGGGCGGGUUGAAGGCAGGCGGGAUGACCAAGGGCGAUCGGAGCACGUGGUUGCGACAGCAAGGGCACGAGCAGGCGGCGUGUGGGCGGGAGAGUGAAGAGGGGCGGGCACAGCAUGUGGUGUGUGGGGCGCUUUUGUCCCCUCGCACAGGGGCCCACGCGCCUGCCACCGUGCCCACACCUGCUACUACUGCCAGUGGCGAGAAGCUGAUGCGUGUGGGGGUGGGUGUGGGCAUGGGAGUGGGCGCGGGGGCGGCAGCGGCGGUGGAUGUGAACGUGGCGGCGGUGGUGCUGGUGGCGCUCAUCAACCUGCUGCCUCUUCCUGACCAAGUCAGCCCCUCUCUGCUCUGCACCUCCGCACUCUGCUCACGCCGCCUCCGUUCCUUGUUGCUCCUCCAUACCGUUUACACCUCCUUCCCUUUGAUGCGCCUCCAUCCACCAUUCCUGCCGUUCCCCUGGUACGCUCACCAUUUGGAAUGCUCUCCAGCUGUCCUUCAUUUCUGCAACCUCUCCUUCCCCUCUGCAAACCCCUCCCAAUGCCCCCUGCAAGCAAGCCCUCUUCUCUUCCCUGUCUUCCUCCCCCCUCCCCUCUCCCCACUAGGUGGGCGAGCAGGCGCCAAGGCUACUGCAGCAGCUGCUGGGCGGCAGGGAGGACGUGCAGUGGGCGGCCUUCAACGCCCAUGCGGCCUCUGA